AAGUGUGUGACUCUAUCACGCAAUAAUCACUUUUAUAUAUAAUCGCUUUUAUCUAUCUCCCUCCCCAGUUUCACUAGUUUAAUUUAAUUUCUGAUUUCUUUGUUGGGAGUAAUUUUGCAUGAACAUGAUGAUAAAGAAAUCCAUCAACACCAUCUUCACCUACUUCAAAUCUUCCACUCCUCAUCGGAACCCUAAUCUCACCAAUCUCCAUCCACGCCGCUUUAACUCCACCACUGCACACAAUCCUUUCCCUUCCAAUCCCAUUCAUGAUCAAGUAAUUGAUUUUCCUGGAGGAAAUGUCAAAUUCAUUCAUGAAAUGAGGUUUAUAUCUGAAUCACUUCAACACAGAGUUCCUUGUUACCGUGUUCUUGAUGAGAAUGGAGAACCAAUUUUAGGGACUAAUUUUGUGCAGGUUAGUGAAGAUGUUGCUGUUAAAAUGUAUAAUGACAUGGUUGCACUUCAAACUAUGGAUACUAUCUUCUAUGAAGCACAAAGACAAGGUAGAAUUUCAUUUUAUGUAACAACAAAUGGGGAAGAGGCUAUUAAUAUUGCAUCAGCUGCAGCACUUUCCAUGGAUGAUGUUAUUUUCCCUCAGUAUAGAGAACAGGGAGUCUUGUUAUGGCGUGGUUUCACUCUGCAAGAAUUUGCAAAUCAGUGUUUUUCCAACAAGUUUGAUAAUGGGAAAGGAAGGCAGAUGCCGGCCCAUUAUGGGUCCAACAAGCACAAUUACAUGAAUGUAGCAUCAACUGUUGCUACGCAAAUUCCACAUGCUGUUGGAGCUGCAUAUUCCUUAAAGAUGGACAAAAAGGAUGCAUGCGCCGUAACUUACUUCGGAGAUGGUGGUUCAAGUGAGGGAGAUUUCCAUGCUGGAUUAAAUUUUGCAGCGGUAAUGGAGGCCCCAGUCAUUUUUAUAUGCCGGAAUAAUGGAUGGGCUAUCAGCACCCCUACAUCAGAUCAGUUUCGAAGUGAUGGUAUUGUUGUGAAAGGACAGGCAUAUGGAGUCCGUAGCAUUCGUGUAGAUGGGAAUGAUGCUCUGGCCAUUUAUAGCGCUGUUCAAGCUGCUCGUCAAAUGGCAGUUAGCGAAGAGAGACCAAUUCUAAUAGAAGCCCUUACAUAUAGAGUAGGACACCAUUCCACAUCAGAUGACUCUACCAAGUAUCGUCCCGCCAACGAGAUUGAAUGGUGGAGAUUGUCACGUGAUCCUGUGGCGAGAUUUAGAAAGUGGAUAGAAAGGAAUGGUUGGUGGAAUGACAUUGCCGAGUCUGAGCUUAGGAACAGUUUGAGACAGCAGCUUCUACAGACUAUUCAAGUUGCCGAGAGUGUAGAAAAACCUCCACUUGCAGACAUGUUUAGUGAUGUCUAUGAUGUUCCUCCGUCGAAUCUCCGUGAACAGGAGAAAUGGCUGAAGGAGACUGUAAAAAAUCAUCAACAUGUGUACCCAACAAAUAUUUCCAUUUAGUUUCACCAUAAUAUUUAGUUUGAAGAUACUAGAAUAUUAUCUUCAACUUUGAUCUCUGUAUUAUAAUUCGGAGAAUAUGGUCUAAUAAUGAGAGGUGUGACAAGUGACAUCCUUCAAAUAAGUUACAGUAGUAGUAUAUGUUUAGUUUUUGUUUUUUUUUUUUUUUUUUUUUUAUUUUAAAAAAUACAUGUUAAUAAAAAAAAUACACGUGGCAACUUCAGUAUUCAUUUGAAGGCUUGAAGCUUUUUAACUUAAUAUCAUUUUGAUCAAUAAGAGAUGCUACUAAUUUCA